GAGCUCCUCUUCUCAAGCGCCUGCGUAUAUCAAUCUCCAUCGCCUUCUCCAACAAUUCUCCUUUAGCUGAAGCCAACGUGCUGCCAACAAUCCCUUACCUACCCUCCUUCUCUAUCUUUCCUCCAUGAAAAUGCUGUUGUUGAUUCUACAGAGAUGUUUGUAGAAGACUUCAAUCUCUUCUCAUGAAUCUGCUUCCUUCCUCCUCACAAUCUCCUCCUUCAAAAUCACAGCAGCGUUGCUACUAUCUCUCUGUCAAAUGGCCAUUUCAAGAGUUAUUGCUUCUUGGGGUUGUUCUUAUCUCUUGCAGAAGACCGAUCCCGACGCAUUCUGUUACAGCUUCCCUGUCCGUUUGACUACGGAGACUGGUAGGGUUGUGAAAUGGAGAGGGAGAAGCUUCAUGGGCGUCUGCGCAGGCCCUUUGGCGAAGCCUGCCACGCCCGUUGGGGACGAGAACCCGCCUUCGUUGCCUUCAGCACCGCCGCCGGUCGAGCUCCAGCGGGUCGUCGAUCCAGCUAGUGGCAAUGAGUCGAGGAAACUGCUCAAGGAUUUAGCUUCUCUCCCAAAGCCGUUAUCUGUAACUGAUCUUUCCGCUUCACCCAGCAGUGGUUCCAAUGUCCGUGUAGCAUAUCAGGGUGUACCGGGUGCAUACAGUGAGGCUGCCGCCCUCAAAGCAUACCCUGAAUGUGAGGCUGUCCCUUGUGACCAGUUUGAAGCUGCAUUCAAGGCAGUUGAACUGUGGCUGGUUGAUAAAGCAGUUCUUCCUAUUGAAAAUUCUUUAGGUGGAAGCAUUCAUCGUAAUUAUGACUUGCUCCUCCGCCAUAGGCUUCACAUUGUUGGUGAGGUGCAGUUGGCUGUUAACCACUGCCUUCUUGGGUUACCAGGUGUGAGAAUGGAGGAUCUAAAACGUGUUUUGAGCCAUGCCCAGGCUCUUGCUCAAUGUGAGAUCACGCUGAGCAAGUUGGGUGUUAUCAGAGAGAGCGUGGACGAUACUGCUGGGGCUGCUCAGUUUAUAGCUUCAAACAAUCUGAAGGAUGCUGCAGCUGUUGCAAGUGCUCGAGCUGCAGAAAUUUAUGGGCUUAAUGUACUUGCAGAAAGAAUCCAGGAUGACCCCGAAAACAUUACACGUUUUUUGAUACUGGCUCGGGAACCAAUAAUUCCUAGAACAGAUAGGGCAUUUAAGACAAGCAUUGUUUUCACAUUGGAAGAAGGUCCUGGAGUACUAUUUAAAGCUUUGGCCGUCUUUGCUAUGAGGAAUAUUAAUUUGACGAAGAUUGAAAGCAGGCCACAAAGAAAGAGACCAUUGAGGGUUGUGGAUGACUCAAACACUGGGAGUGCUAAAUAUUUCGACUAUCUUUUCUUUAUUGAUUUUGAAGCAUCCAUGGCUGAUUCCCGUGCACAAAAUGCUCUGGGCCAUUUACAGGAAUUUGCAACAUUUCUUCGAGUCCUCGGUUGCUAUCCCAUGGAUACAGCUUUAUAGACUUCCCUGCUUUCUGUUGUGGAGUGUCAAGCCCACAGAACAAAAUCUGCCUGGUCCACAUUUUUCUUGUUAAUAUGUUAGCUCCUGUUGAAUCAGGAGGCGGAAGAGAAAUCCUUGGGACUGAUUUCCACAAACUGGCUGCAUGACCAAGGAGGGAUCCCAACAACAAAUCAUCUAUUUUUUUCUUCAUUCUUCCAUUGGGGUUGGGUUCGAAUGGGUAUAAUAUGCUUUGGAUUUAAGUGUUUUUCUUGUAAUCAAGGGGGGCUGAAAGGUCUUAACCUAUAUAUAGCUUUCUAGGAUUGGGAGUUAAGCUUAGACAGUGAAAUUGUUGUGUACAGCAAGGCAGUUGUGCCAGUAUUGUCCUUUUUAUUCUUUCAGUCAUCUUGAGUCAUGCUCAGGUGAUUGAUUUUUGUUUUUUGUUUUCUA